GAAGCAGCCAUAUUUCACUAUGAGCUCCAAUCCAGAGCAGAUGAAAAUACAGGCCAAGAUGGCAAAGGGCCAGGACAUGAAGGAUGAGGACAAGCUCUUCAGGUAUAAGGGGGUGCUGUACCCCACCAUCAUGUGCCCUCUGGAGAACCUGAAAGCCAUGGAGCACCUGGAAGCACGGCAUGAUGAUGUCAUGCUAGUAGCCUACCCAAAAUCUGGGUUCAACUGGAUGACAGCAGUGGUGCGGAAGAUCAUGGCUGUUUCCACAGGAGGAGAAGUUCGCUGGGGGCACCCACAUAUAGAGUUCUUCGACCCUGAGGCUCAGCAGCUUUUGAGUCAAGCACCAUCUCCAAGAUGUAUGGGAACACACAUGCGCCCAGAAAACAUGCCUCCUUCCUUUGCUGCCAAAAAAACAAAGAUGCUGGUCGUUGUCAGAAAUCCCAAAGACACAGCAGUUUCCUUCUAUCACUUCUGCAAAAACAUCCCGGUGCUGCCCACGCCCGAGUCCUGGGACACGUUUUACACACAGUACAUGAGUGGAGACGUGCCUUGGGGUUCCUACUUUGACCACGCUCUGGCCUGGGAGAAGUGCAUAGACGACCCCAAUGUGAUGAUUGUAACUUACGAGGAAAUGAAGGAAGACCUGAGUAAAGGAGUGCAGCAGAUCUCCCAGUUCUUCGGCUUCCCCCUGAGCAAGGAGCAGAUCCAGACCAUCGCUGAGGACAGCACCUUCUCCUCCAUGAAGGAGAACUCACAGGUGUCACACGGGAUAUUGGCCAGCUCCAUCUUCAGGAAGGGUGAGGUGGGUGACUGGAAAAACCACUUCAGCGAGGCUCAGAGCCGGAUGAUGGACGCAGAGUUUGAGAAGCGCUUGGCUGGAACUAAGCUGGGCGCGAAGCUGAAGUACGACCUGUACUGCAAGUAGAGCUGCCUGAGAGGAAGGCCACCAGCGGCAGCCAAAUACCUGGACCGGAUUCACUACAAGCCACAAGCCCUGGACCGGAUUCACUACAAGCCACAAGCCCUGGACCGGAUUCACAACAAGCCACAAGCCCUGGACUGGAUUCACUACAAGCCACAAGCCCUGGACCGGAUUGACUACAAGCCACAAGCCCUGGACCGGAUUGACUACAAGCCACAAGCCCGGACCGGAUUCACUACAAGCCACAAGCCCUGGACCAGAUUCACACCAAGCCAACCAGCCAGGAGAGUUCAAGGACAAUGUGACCCACACAAACAACAACAAAAAAAUUAUGCUUCUUUAAAAUAAAAAAUAAUUUCUCAAUUCUCUCGUUAUCACUAUAUAUUGAUUACACUGUAUUUUACAACAUUCAUUAGUUUCAAGAUGUUCAGGUGGUUAAUAUCGUACCUUAAAAUAGCACCACAUUUCUUCCAAGCAUGUACUAAAACAUCCUGCAGACAAAUGUGAUGGGUCAGUGAUGUUUUUGGGCCGUUUUAAUUGUAGAGGUCAAGGGGCACUGGUUAAGAGGGGUAUAAAUAUACAGGUAAAUUAACUAAAAUGACAAACAGGUGAAAUGAAAGAAUGAAUGAGGGCUAUGUCAGGAGAUGACAAAAGACAGAAAUACAGUGUAUGAAAUAGAAACACCAAAACAGAAAACCGCAGAGUAUGACACGCUGAAAUUUGGCUUUAAUUUUCCAGCAAGAUGAUGACGAGAGCAUACCUCAAAAUCCGCACAGAAACUGUGGUGCCAGACAUCAAUCCAAACUAAAACCUGUGGGCUGAACUGAAGAGGACAGCUGAUGAGCACAAACCCAAGAAUCUGAACGAUCUUCACAGAGGAAUGGUCCAAAGUCCCGAUAAAUGUCUUCCUCAAGCAUUACAGGAAGACUCCAUUCUUGCCAGAAGUGGAUGCACUAAAUACUAAGCCUGGGCUAAGGGUUAUAAUGAA